GGUCAGGACUCUCACAUUUGGGGCGAUGGGGCCUGGCAGUUGGGCCCCAGCCACUGCCUCCCCCACCAAUCGAUGGGCUGAUUUGCAUGCCCUGUUGUGGUCCAGUAGCCUCCGGGGCCCAUGCCUGCAGCACCUGGAGCGCACCCCACAGAACGGCGCCCGCCCGGCUGCUGCUGCGGCCAUGGCCUGGCGGCGCCUGGCCCUCCUUCUGAUCGGAGCCCUCCUGGCAGGCUCCCGGCCGGUCCUGACCCAGCCAGAUGCACUGCUGGUGUUCCCGGGCCAAGUGGCCCAGAUCUCCUGCAUGCUUAACCCCCGCCUCGCUGCCGUGGGCGACUAUGGCGUGUCCUGGUACCAGCAGCGGGCGGGAAGCGCCCCCCGCUACCUCCUCUACUACCGCUCAGAGGAGGACCAAAGCCGCUCCCCGGACCUCCCUGACCGCUUCUCGGCAGCCACAGACGCAGCCCAAAACGCCUGCCUCCUGAUCAUCAGCCCCGUGCAGCCCGAGGACGACGCAGAUUAUUACUGCUCCGUCGGUUACAUACCCUAGGGGUGGGGGGGUGGGAUGGAUGCCUCCUAUCUCCCACGUCUGUCCCUGACCUUGGGCCU